CACAUUGUAUCAAUAGUUUCAACAAAAUGAAUAUUCACAAAACCUACCUACAAUGUUUGUUCUUUCUUAUUAUUAUUCUAACCGCUUGUGGAUUUUCUUUAGCAAAUCAAACAAACCCCACCUCAAAAAACCUCAAUUUUGGUAAAUUCUUGGAUUCAAUUUAUGAAUGGAGAAUUCAACAACAAAAAAACUUUGGAGAUUCCAAUAAUAAUAAUCUAAAAAUUGGAGCCCCUACUGUGUUAGCUGGAAUUUUUUGUUUUAUUGCAGCUUCUAUUUCUAGUGCUGGUGGAAUUGGAGGUGGUGGAUUAUAUGUACCAAUUUUAAUAAUUGUUGCUGGUGUUGAUCUCAAAACAGCCUCAAGUUUCUCUGCUUUUAUGGUAACCGGAGGCUCGAUAGCCAAUGUUGUUUGUAGCAUGUUCUUACCUAGUGCCAAACAUGGUGGAAAAAUAUUGGUUGAUUUUGACAUAGCUUUAAUCUCACAACCAUGUAUUCUAUUGGGAGUUAGUAUUGGAGUAAUUUGCAAUCUUGUUUUCCCAGAAUGGCUUAUUACUAUUCUGUUUGCAAUAUUUCUUGCUUGGUGCACUUUCAAGACAUUUAAAUCAGGAAUUUAUUAUUGGAAAAUUGAAUCUGAAGAAGUUAUGAGGAGAAACGAGAAUUUUGAGGAAAUUGAGGGACCUUUAUUGGAAAAAGAAGAAAAAGGAAUAAAAAAUAUUCCAUGGAUGAAAAUGGGAGUAUUAAUAAUGAUUUGGUUUUCUUUCUUUUUCCUUUAUCUUCUUCGUGGAAAUCGAUAUGGACAAGGCAUAAUUCAUAUGAAGGCAUGUGGAGUGGUAUAUUGGAUUAUCUCAUCAGUUCAAUUUCCUCUAGCAGUAAUUUUUACAUCAUGGAUCUUAUACAAGAGAGAAAAUCACCAAAAUUUACCCUCCAAGAAACAGGAAAUAACAUGUGAAACAAAGAAUAAUGGACCUUCAAGAAUGUUCAUUUUUCCCUUAAUGGCACUUCUAGCAGGAGUAUUGGGUGGUGUAUUUGGAAUUGGUGGAGGAAUGCUUAUUAGUCCCCUUUUAAUUCAAGUUGGAAUAACACCUGAAAUUACCGCGGCAACUUGUUCAUUCAUGGUAUUUUUCUCCUCUACCAUGUCAGCUGUACAAUACUUAUUUCUAGGAAUGGAACAUGUCAAUACAGCCCUCAUUUUUGCAAUUGUUUGUUUAAUUGCUUCACUUAUUGGAUUAGUUGUGGUACAAAGAGCCAUUGAACAUCAUGGGAGAGCAUCACUUAUUGUUUUUUCAGUUGGAAUAGUCAUGGCAUUAAGUACUGUUCUUAUAACAAGUUUUGGAGCUGUUGAUGUUUGGAGGGAUUACACAAGUGGGAAGUACAUGGGGUUCAAACCACCUUGUUGAGAAUUAAUAAGAAAGGGAAAUAUAUUGAGAGUUGUACUCGUUUGAAGCGUGCUCCGAGUUUUGCAUAUUUUGUGUUGAUUAUUAACGAAUAUCAAUAAUCGAUAUUUGGUGGAUAUGUACUUUUGGUUGAAUUGUAAAUGAGUAUUUGGAGGUACUUCUGAGUGUAUUUGAAUGUUGACGAUUUUCUAUAGGGAAAAAAGUUUAUAAGAAAUUGAAGAUUUGUAAGUGUGAGAGUUGUGCUAGUUUGAAGCGUGUUCGGAAUUUUGCAUUUUUGUACUCUAUUUAAUUAUGAAUAUCAAUAGUCGAUAUUUGGAUGAUAUUUUUGGUUGAAUUGAAAAGGAAUAUUUGGAGGUACUUCUAAGUGUG